CCUCCCCUCUCUGUGUGUGCUUGUGUGUGUGUGAGAGAUUUUCCCAAUGAGAUGCAAACACAGUGAGCUAAUGGCAGUUUUCUGCUAGCACUGUGUGUGUUGUUUAUUUCAGUAUGGCAGUGGAUUCAUUAUCUCCUGAUUGGGAGUUUGAUCGCUUUGAUGAUGGAUCGCAAAAAAUUCACACAGAAGUGCAGCUUAAAAGCUAUGAGAAGUUUCUAGAGGACUACGCCACUCAGCUCCAGGGCAUCGAGGAAGCGUUAGAUGAGUCUGUCGGAGAUGUAUGGGACUUUACUCUGGAUCCUAUUGCUUUAAAGCUCCUACCAUAUGAACAGUCCUCACUACUGGAGCUCAUCAAAACUGAAAAUAAGGUGCUUAACAAAGUCAUCACAGUUUAUGCAGCAUUGUGCUGUGAGGUCAAAAAACUAAAGUAUGAGGCCGAAACAAAGUUCUAUAAUGGCUUGUUGUAUUAUGGUGAAGGAGUGUCUGAUACUAGUGUGGUGGAAGGAGAGACUCAAAUUCAGAUGGGUCGCUUCAUUUCCUUCUUGCAGGAGCUUUCUUGCUUUGUUUCCCGUUGCUUUGAGGUGGUGGUCAAUAUGGUCCACCAAUUGGCUGCUUUAUACAACAGCAACAAGAAUGCGACAAAAAUCAUUGAGUCCACAGGCGUACACUUUCAGACAGUGUAUGAACAUCUGGGUGAACUUCUGGUGAUCCUCAUCACGCUGGAUGAGAUCAUGGAGAACCACGCCACGCUGAAGGAUCACUGGAAGAUGUACAAAAGGUUACUGAAAUCUGUCCAUCAUAACCCAGCCAAGUUCGCCAUCCCAGAGGAGAAACUGAAGCCAUUUGAGAAGCUCUUACUUAAGCUGGAGGGGCAGUUGUUGGACAGCAUGAUCUUUCAGGCUUGUGUGGAGCAGAGGUUUGAUAAUCCAGGAGAGGGAGUGUCUGUCUCUAAAAACAGUGCCUUUGCUGAGGAGUUUGCCUGUAAUAUAAGAACCAUUUUUACCAAUGUUGAGUCAAGGCUUGGGGAACCGUCUGAGAUCGAUCAGAGGGACAAGUACGCAGGCAUUUGCUGUCUCUUCGUGCUUCACUUCCAUAUCUUCAGGACUGUCGACAAGAAGAUGUACAAAUCCCUGCUGGACGUGUGUAAAAAGGUGCCCGCAGUGACAUUGGUAGCAAACAUCGUCUGGUUUCCUGACACGUUUUUGACGAACAAAGUUCCUGCGGCUGCCAAACUGAUGGAUAAGAAAAGCCUCCAAACCAUCAUCAGCAACAGAGAUGCAUACUUACAGCAAAAAGCACAGAUGCUAAUUAAGUACAUGCAAUCUUACUACAUCUUUGUGACCUCUUGGAUGAUGAAGAUGGAGUCCAUAUUAUCUAAAGAAACAAAACCGGAAAAGCAGUUUGAAGACUUGAGCAAUAGGUGCAAUGUAUUUGUACAGGGAAUCCUGUAUGCUUACAGCAUCAGCACCAUCAUCAAGACAACCAUGAACAUGUACAUGUCAAUGCAGCGGCCGAUGACCAAGACCUCUGUUAAGGCCCUAUGCCGAUUGGUGGAGCUGUUAAAAGCUGUUGAGCACACUUUUCACCGGCGGUCAAUGGUCGUUGCAGACUCCGUUUCUCACAUCACGCAGCAUCUACAGUCUCAAGCUCUGACCUCUAUUUCCAUCGCUAAGAAAAGAGUGAUUUCAGAUAAGAAGUACAGUGAGCAGAGACUGGAUGUUCUCUCUGCAUUGGUUCUGGCUGAAAACACUCUGAAUGGGCCCAGCACCAAGGAGAGGAGGCUUAUAGUGUCUCUGGCUCUCAGUGUUGGCACUCAGAUGAAAACAUUCAAGGACGAGGAGCUUCUGCCUCUACAGCUUGUUCUCAAGAAGCUGGACUUGAUCAGUGAACUUCGAAAGCGAGUAAAAGUGCAGUGCGACUGCAGUUUCCUCUAUUGGCAUCGUACAGUGUUCCCCAUCUAUCUGGAUGAUGUGUAUGACAACGCAGUGGAUGCGGCCCGAAUACACUACAUGUUUAGUGCACUUAGAGACUGCGUGCCCACCAUGUUGCAUGCCAAACACUUGGAGUCAUGUGAUCAGCUGCUGGCGUCUUACGACAUUGAGAUCAUGGAAAUCCUCAAUGAGCACCUGCUAGACAAGCUGUGUAAGGAGAUUGAGAAAGACCUGCGUCUGUCUGUGCACACGCACCUUAAACUGGAUGAUCGAAACCCUUUUAAAGUUGGCAUGAAGGACCUGGCUCACUUUUUCACUCUCAAACCCAUACGCUUCUUUAAUAGGUUUAUCGACAUUAAAGCCUAUGUGACACACUAUCUAGACAAAACGUUUUACAACCUGACAACUGUGGCUCUUCAUGACUGGGCCACGUACAGUGAGAUGAGGAAUCUCGCCACACAACGCUACGGUUUGGUCAUGACCGAGGCUCAUCUACCCAGCCAAACUCUAGAACAGGGACUUGAUGUUCUUGAGAUUAUGAGGAACAUCCACGUCUUUGUCUCCCGCUACCUCUACAAUCUUAACAACCAGAUCUUCAUAGAGAAGACCAGCAACAACAAGCACUUGAACACCAUUAACAUCCGACACAUUGCCAACUCCAUUCGCACACAUGGGACUGGUAUCAUGAACACAACGGUCAACUUUACGUAUCAGUUCCUUCGCAAGAAGUUCUACAUUUUCAGUCAGUUCAUGUAUGAUGAACAUAUCAAAUCCAGGCUCAUCAAAGACAUCCGCUUCUUCAGGGAAACCAAGGACCAGACGGACCAAAAGUAUCCUUUCGACAGAGCGGAAAAGUUCAACCGUGGCAUCAGGAAGUUGGGUUUAACUCCAGAUGGUCAGAGCUACCUCGAUCAGUUUAGACAGCUGAUCAGUCAAAUCGGCAACGCAAUGGGUUACGUACGGAUGAUUCGUUCAGGGGGUCUGCACUGUUGCAGUAGUGCUAUCAGGUUUGUUCCUGAUCUAGAAGAUAUUGUGAACUUUGAAGAACUUGUGAAAGAAGAAGGCCUCUCAGAGGAAACACAAAAAUCUGCAAGUCAACUGGACUCUGUGCUCAGUGACCUGACCAGCAGUUCUGCCGAAGGCACCGAGUACUUCAAGAAGCUUGUUGGGGUUUUCGCACCAGAGUUUCGUAGCGCCAAGAACAUGCACUUGAGGAACUUCUACAUGAUUGUUCCUCCUCUGACAGUAAAUUUUGUGGAGCACUCCAUCAGCUGCAAGGAGAAACUGAAUAAGAAGAAUAAGGAAGGAGCCGCCUUCACAGAUGAUGGUUUUGCUAUGGGGGUUGCCUACAUCUUGAAGCUUCUAGACCAGUAUCAGGAGUUCGACUCGCUGCACUGGUUCCAGGCUGUCAGAGAAAAAUACAAGAAGGAAAUGAAUGCAGUGGUGAAGGAGCAGAACGUUCAGUCCACCAGCCAGGAUGAGAAGCUCUUGCAGACUAUGAACCUGACACAGAAGAGACUGGAUAUAUAUCUGCAGGAGUUUGAGCUGCUGUAUUUCUCUCUGAGCAGCGCUCGGAUCUUCUUCAGGGCUGAUAAAACCGCAGCAGAGGAGACUCUGGAGAAAAAAGACAGAGAGGAAGUUACUAAAAGCGGUGCUGGUUCUUCUACCGUCGAGGGUUCUCCUGGCGACCCAAGUGCCAAGUGAAACCGAGGAGCAACCAAAGGAGUACGUGAUACCAGGAUUAAUCCUGCACAAACUAUACUUCUAUUAAAAACAUUGUAUAGUAUCUUUAUUUUUUAAUGUCAUUGUGGCAUGAUGCCAGCUGCACUCAUUUGACUGAAACUUAACUGUGGGUUUUGGACCAAUGCUUCAUUGUAAGACCAUGAAUGUUUUAUAUGUAUCUUGCAGCUGUCUAGUCAUCUGUUGCUUUCAACACUUGGCCAUAAGAAAAAUCUGAUUGGUGGAUGAAGCAGGUUGUGUUGGUAUUUUUUCGUAAUACGGUUGAAAUAUUUUUUAUUGUAUUUCUGCAUUUGGGAUAGAGAGAUUUAAAAAGAAAUUAUAGGAUGAUUGUGUUAUUUUCAUCAAGAAUAUUAAUGUACUAAUGAUUUUAUAAGCAACUGCAACAUCACAAGCAUUCAAUAAGUAAAGCAUUGUCUGCAUGUUUAUUUCAAUUGAUGUGAAAUAUGUAGCAAAAGACAUUUGUGCUACCCGACGCAUCACGAUGUGGCCAAUAGUAAAUAACAUCAGUGCUGGAAUUAAAGGUGCACAGUGUACAUUUUAGCGGCAUCUAAUGGUGAGGUUGCAAAUUGCAACCAACGGCUCAGUCCACUGCUCACCCCUCACUUUUGAAACGCAUAGAGGGCCUACGGUAGCCGCCACCGGACAAACA